AUGAAAGCCGAUAUCCCCCCCUCCCCUCCACCUCUACGGAUAGCGCGUCAGGCAGCUGUUUUAAAACGGUCCGUGCUGAUAUAUAACCGAAGGAGAGCAGCAGGUCUUGAAGGAACGGAGCUUGACGACGGUCUGGUCCCUCCAUCUCCGGCUCUUGGUGCCUCCGUCUCCCGCUUCAGCAGCACCAACCACGGGGACGAGCCAGCGGACGUAACGUUACCCAAGAGGGGAAGUGGGCUCCGUCUUCUCUUUCAUCGGGCAGCCCCUAAGGCCUCUGUUUACAGAAGAGUGGCCAGGUCAGUGUUGUCCCGGACUAAAGACGAGGAGCACGGUCACCAGAUGCAGUCCGGCGUGGUGGACGGUGGCCUUUCAGUUGGCAAGAACCACUGUACCCGAGACCUGGUCACGUCCGGCCCACCGCUGCCCCUACAAUCCGCUGUGAAUCAGCAGCCAGAGAAAUGGAUGCCCCUCGGCACCAGCGAGGGUCACGCUGCUUUGGUCAGCCUGGACCAGCAGCCUCUUCUGGUCCCCCUCAUUGUCAAGGCUAACGGUCAUGACCACUGCGUGUUCAGCGAGGCACUCCUGGAUAAUGUUGUCGGACUGAAGGAUUCCUCUGCAGUGUUAACGUUGGAGCAAGACCCGGGAGGGACCGAGGAGGACGACAUUUGCGAGGCAGAGAUGGGCGUGGGGAAAAACACCACCUCCAAGUCGAUGGACAGCAGCAGCGAGGGCGGCAAGUACGAGGACGAGAGCAAACACGGCGCCGACUUCUACCCAAUCCCGGUGGUAGUGAAUGGAGUUAGCAGUGCCAGUGGAGACCAGGAUACUGAGAACACAGAGCUGAUGGCCAUCUACACCAAGGAAAAUCAAGGAGCUGAAAAGAGCUCAAUAUCUGAGACGCUUGACAGCACAGACAGCAUGGACGCAAGGAGGAUGGACAUGAUCUAUACCAUCGAGGACACCCCACCCUGGUAUCUGUGUGUGUUCUUAGGCUUACAGCACUACUUGACGUGUUUCAGUGGAACCAUCGCGGUGCCCUUCCUCCUGGUUGAGGCCAUGUGCGUGGGCUUCGAUCAGUGGGCCACCAGCCAGCUCAUCGGGACCAUCUUCUUCUGCGUGGGGAUCACCACCCUGCUGCAGACCACACUGGGCUGCAGGCUGCCUUUGUUCCAGGCCAGUGCGUUUGCCUUCCUCGCACCAGCCAGAGCCAUCCUGUCCCUGGACAAAUGGAAGUGCAACAGCACAGCACUUCCAGUACUGAACGGGACUGAGCUCCUCAAUACAGAGCACAUCUGGCACCCCAGAAUACGAGAGAUCCAAGGGGCUAUAAUUGUGUCAUCCCUCAUUGAAGUAUGCAUCGGAGCUCUUGGUCUGCCCGGGAUGCUGCUGAAGUACAUUGGACCUCUGACCAUCACCCCUACUGUGGCCCUCAUCGGGCUGUCUGGUUUUCAGGCUGCCGGGGAGAGGGCUGGAAAGCACUGGGGCAUCGCAAUGCUGACCAUCUUCUUGGUGCUGCUUUUUUCGCAGUAUGCUCGCAACGUUCAUUUCCCCCUGCCAGUCUACAAGGCCAAGAAAGGCUGGACCUCCUAUAGGCUGCAGGUCUUCAAAAUGUUUCCUAUCAUAAUGGCCAUCCUGGUGUCAUGGCUGUUGUGUUUCAUUUUCACUGUGACGGAUGUUUUCCCACCAGAGAAGAACAAGUACGGUUUCUACGCCCGCACAGAUGCACGUCAAGGAAUCCUCGCAGCUGCACCGUGGUUUAAAAUCCCAUAUCCUUUCCAAUGGGGCACUCCAACUGUAACGGCCGCGGGUGUCAUCGGGAUGAUGAGCGCUGUAGUGGCCAGCAUCAUCGAGUCCAUCGGAGACUACUACGCCUGCGCUCGCCUGUCUUGUGCUCCUCCGCCUCCCAUCCACGCCAUUAACCGGGGAAUAUUUGUUGAGGGUAUUUCCUGUGUCCUGGAUGGUCUUUUUGGGACAGGAAACGGCUCCACCUCCUCCAGUCCAAACAUAGGCGUCCUGGGAAUUACAAAGGUGGGCAGCAGACGCGUGAUUCAGUACGGCGCAGCUAUGAUGCUGCUGCUUGGUCUUAUUGGUAAAUUCAGUGCCCUGUUCGCCUCCCUGCCCGACCCUGUCCUGGGAGCCCUGUUCUGCACCUUGUUUGGAAUGAUUACAGCUGUGGGACUGUCGAACCUGCAGUUUGUCGACCUCAACUCCUCCAGAAACCUCUUCGUAUUGGGCUUCUCCAUCUUCUUCGGUCUGAUGCUGCCCAGCUACCUCAAACAGAACCCGUUAGUCACUGGCAUAGUUGAAGUGGACCAGGUGCUGAACGUGCUUCUCACCACUGCCAUGUUUGUUGGAGGUUCUGCUGCCUUUAUUUUGGACAAUACUAUCCCGGGUACCCCCGAAGAACGAGGCAUCAGAAAGCUGAAACGCGGUUCUGGCCUCAGUGCAGCCGAGAUGGAAGGGAUGAGAUCUUAUGAUCUGCCGUUUGGAAUGGACUUCAUCCGCAGACACUCAGUCUUCAAGUACAUCCCCAUCAGCCCAGCGUUCACGGGCUACCACUGGGGGAGGCUAAGGGAAGCCACCAGGAGCAGGAUGGGACGUGGGGAUGUGGUGAAGGGAGGCGCGGAGGGGGCCCCCUCACCAGGGGAGAGCCGG